CCGGCAUCCGCUCCAUCCAAACCCACCACUCACACUCGCACACACACUCACACUCACACACACACACACCCGGAGCGCGUCUCUGCUGCCGUGCGGUGCGGUGCGUUGCGCGCAAGCUGGAGAGAGAUGACAGAGGGAGCCCCGCGGAACUGCCCAGACAAACAUGGAUCUCCGUAAAACGCUGAUUUCGCUGCUGUGGAUAUUAUUGCUGAGCCGAGUGGAGGACUGUGGCGCCGAGGAAGUGGUGCUGCUGAACUCCAAAGAGACUCAGGCGGAGCUGGGCUGGACGUCAUACCCCCCCAAUGGAUGGGAGGAGAUAAGUGGCGUAGAUGAGAAGUACAAGCCCAUCCGCACAUACCAGGUGUGCAACGUGAUGGAGCCCACGCAGCAGAACAACUGGCUGCAGACCGGCUGGGUGACGCGCCGGGGCGGCCAGCGCAUCUUCGUGGAGCUCCAGUUCACGUUGCGAGACUGCAACAGCAUUCCCGGUGUGGCGGGCACCUGCAAGGAGACCUUCAACCUCCUGUACGUCGAGACGGACAGGGACCUCGGGGGCGUGACCCGAGAGGACCGCUACACCAAGAUCGACACCAUCGCCGCCGAUGAGAGCUUCACACAGGGCGACCUGGGCGAGAGGAAGAUGAAGCUGAACACGGAGGUGCGCGAGAUCGGUCACCUCAACCGCAAGGGCUUCCACCUGGCGUUCCAGGACGUGGGCGCCUGCGUGGCCCUGGUGGCCGUGCGGGUGUACUACAAGCGCUGCCUCGCCACCGUGCAGAACCUGGCCGUGUUCCCCGACACGGUGGCGGAGGCGGCCUUCGCCACGCUGGUGGAGGUGCGCGGCACCUGCGUCAACAACUCCGAGGUCGACACGGACAGCCCUCCCAGGAUGCAUUGCAGCGCAGAAGGGGAAUGGCUGGUGCCCAUUGGGAAGUGCAGCUGCAGCGCCGGCUACGAGGAGGGACACAGCAGCUGUGAAGCGUGUCCCGCCGGAUCCUACAAGAUGUCCUCCAGGCAGCAGGAGUGUUUCCCCUGCCCGGCCAACAGCGUCGCCGAGGAGGAAGGCUCUGUGGAGUGUGUGUGCGAGGAGGACCACUUCAGGACUCCCCUGGACACUCCCUCAGCGCCGUGCACACGGCCCCCCUCCCCUCCCAGAGAUCUGGUCUACACCCUGAAGCAGUCCACGCUCAUCCUGGAGUGGGCGGCGCCGUCCGACACAGGCGGCCGGCUGGAUCUGACCUACAGCGUGGGGUGCCGGCGGUGUCUCGGCGGGCAGUGCGAGCCGUGCGGGGCGAGCGUGGGCUUCGUGCCGCAGCAGGUCGGCCUGACGGAGAGGACGGUGACCGUGGUCAACCUUCUCCCCAACAGCAACUACACCUUCGCCGUGGAAGCCUUAAACGGAGUGUCGGAACUGUUGCCCAGCAAGAGGUUCUACGCGCAGGUCAACGUGUCGACGAGCCUCCCCGCGCCGUCUCUGAUCAGCGAGCUGCGGGCUGAGAAGAUCGAGCAGAAGAGCAUAACUCUGGUGUGGCGGGAGCCCUCCCACCCAAACAGCAGCCGCACUGAAUACGAGGUCAAAUACUACGAGAAGGAACAAAAGGACCAGAGCUACUCCACCAUGAAGACGGCCGCCACGCGGAUCAGUGUCAACAACCUCAAACCUGGCACCACAUACGUCUUCCUCAUCCGCCCGCUGUCCACGCCGGCCUCCUCCUCCUCGUCCCUGGCCUCCUCCCCGCUCUCCUCGUCUUCCUCCUCCGCCUCCUCCUCUUCUACUUCCUCCUCCUCCUCUUCCUCCUCCUCCUCCUCCUCGUCAUCGUCCUCCUCUCCGGCGCCCAUUGACUACGGCGCGUACAGUGCUCCCCUGGAGCUGCAGACGCUUGGCGAGUUGGCUCUGGCGUCCAGCGAACAGAACCCAGUGGUGAUCAUUGUUGUCGUGUCCGUGGCGGCCCUCAUCAUGCUGCUCUCCAUGGGAGUGGGACUGCUCAUCUGGAAGAGCAGCGUCUGCUCGAGCUCGUCCAAUGUCACUCCUGCUAGUGUGGUGCUGCUCUCGACCUCCUUCUCCACCCUUCCUCCUCCUCCUCCUCUUCUCUCUCCUCUUCCUCCCUUCACACAGCUGAUGCCCAGACAAUGUGGCUACAGCAAAGCUUCUCAAGAGGGAGACGAGGAACUUUACUUCCAGUUCAAGAUCCCGACGCGGAGGACCUACAUCGACCCGGAGACGUGCGAGGACCUGCUGCAGGCCACCCACGCCUUCGCCAAGGAACUGGACAACUCCAGCAUCAAGAUCGAGCGAAUAGUGCACACGGGUGACUUUGGGGAGGUGUGCCGUGGCUGCCUGAAGCUGCCCAGUAAGAGAGAGCUGCCGGUGGCCAUAAAGACAUUAAGGGCCGGCUGCUCUGACAAACAGCGUCGCUCCUUCCUCAGCGAGGCCGGCAUCCUGGGGCAGUUUGACCACUCCAACAUCAUCCGACUGGAGGGCGUCAUCACCACCGGUAACACCAUGAUGAUCAUCGUGGAGAGCAUGUCUAACGGAUCCUUAGACUCCUUCCUCAGGAAGCACGAAGGCCAGCUGAGCGUGAUGCAGCUGAUGGAUAUCCUGAGCGGGGUGGCGUCGGGGAUGAAGUACCUCACCGAAAUGGGCUUCGUCCACAAACGGCUGGCCGCACACAAGGUGCUGGUAAACUCCAACCUGGGCUGCAAGGUGUCCGGUUUCCGACCUCUUCAGGAGGACAAGAUAGAGGCCAUCUACACCACGCUGCACGGAGGCAAGAGCGUGGUGCUGUGGACCGCUCCGGAGGCCAUCCAGUACCAUCGCUUCUCCUCGGCGUCAGAUGUCUGGAGCUUUGGCAUCGUCAUGUGGGAGGUCAUGUCCUACGGAGAGAGACCCUACUGGGACAUGGGCAACCAGGAUGUGAUAAAGGCCAUCGAGGACGGCUUCAGGCUGCCGGCUCCGGUCAACUGUCCCCCACAUCUCCAUCAGUUGAUGCUGGACUGUUGGCAGAAGGAGAGGACAGAGAGGCCCAGCUUCAGCCAGAUCCACUCAGCUCUCAGCAAGAGCAUUCGCUCCCCCGACGGCAUUGGCUCCUCCACCCUGGCACGCAGGACCCUCAGUUCAUCCAUCACACUAGCAGAAAGACCUCUCCCCUCCUUCCCGUCCUUUAACUCAGUGGGAGAGUGGCUGGACGCAGUGGACAUGGGCCGCUACAAAGAUAACUUCACCGCUGCAGGAUACUGCUACUUGGAGUCUGUGGCACGGAUGACUGUACAGGACGUCCUGAGCCUUGGCAUCACUUCCCUCGAGCACCAGAAGCUGAUACUGGCCGCCAUCCAGACGCUGCGAGCGCAGGUCAUCCAAAUGCACGGCCGCGGCGUGCAGGUCUGACAGCCGGCGGGCGCGGCGAGUCUGGAGUCCCUGCUGCUGCAGCGAGGAUGACGGGGUGGAGAAGAGGGGGGAAAGGGAGAGCGCUCUUCCAGACUGACGGAAAGAUGAGCAGAUCUUUCGGCUCACGGCCCUCCUCUAUUUACUCCUCCUUCCCACACUUCCUCAAGCCUUCCUUGAUCCCUUCCUUCCUUUUUUUGUAAUGAACCCGGCCCCCGUCCGACCCCGCCCCACCCGGGGCACCAAGCGGUAUUCCUGGUGUGAUCGGGGGACCGCAGAGGAGCGAUGUCAUGUGACUUGUUUUUUAAUGUGACCUCUUAUCUGCACUUUGACCUUCGGUGACUGUGUCAGCUCCGUCUCGCCGGUCGUCCGGAUCGGCGCGUAAGAAUCAAACGAAGCACCGUCUCCGGCGGGACGGCGGCUCUGUGCGGGGCUGACCCGGCUCUGUGCGGGGGGGGGGGUGGAAUGUCCCCUUUACACACACAACAUUGUUUUCUGGAAGAACGAUGCGUUGUCAAGAGCCGCUGGGACUAUUUUACAGGCCUUGGGGCUGAAAUGACGUAUUCACUACGACGACGACGAAAUCACGCGGCGCCCCCGGAGAACCCAUCCCGCGUCACGCGGAUGAGAAAGGAACAUUUCUAAAAAGAUUGAACACGGCCGGAGUGUGACCUGUGGGUUUCAGAGCAGCAGCAGCGUGAGAAGACUGUGCUGUCCCACGUCGAGGGGUCCAGUACGCUUAGAAGAGCUGGGACGGGGCUGGAAAUCCUGUGUCGUCCUAUACACAGUAUUCGAUGAACGGAGCUACAGUGGGUUGCGGGCGAUGGUAUUUACUUUACUUUCAGAAAAUAUCAGCCCGCUUCGUCUCUUCUCUUCUCUUUUUUCUCCCCUUUGGGGCCGCCGACGGUGAAACAAACGCUGCGGGAAGCGACUGUAAAGCGAAAAAGGGUUUUUUAAAAAGCACGUGUUUGAUUGUUCAUUCAUCCGCUUGCUUGUCGCCGCCUGCUCUCCAUCUUUUGUUCCCUCCGUCUUCCGUCCACUCCUCUGUGCUUUCCGUUGUUUUUUUUCUUCCUGUGUGUAAAAGCGUAUAAUUUCUCCGUUAGUCAUCUCGGUGGCAUUGACCUCCCCCUCUCUCUCUCUCUCUCUCUCUCUCUCUCUCUCUCUCUCUCUCUCUCUCUCUCUCUCUCUCUCUCUCUCUCUCUCUCUCUCUCUCUCUCUCUCUCUCUCUCUCUCUCUCUCUCUCUCUCUCUCUCUCUCUCUCUCUCUUCCCCCCCCACCAUGUACAGUUCCCAGGCCGACUCUGGGAGAUGGCCCCGAUUCACUUUAUUUAUCCGUAUUUAUUUAUGUUUACAGACUGUAUUACAAAUCUCUCCAGGAAAGAGGUUAAGAAGAUUUAUUUAACUUAAAAGUAUUAUGUAAAAAAAAAAAAAAAUGAAAUAUGUUAAGCAACACAGUUGUCUUGUUUUGUUUGUUUGAUUUGCUGUUGAUUUAUUAUAUGAUGACGAAUGGGAGUUUCGACCUGAUCAGAUUUGAGUUGUUUUGACAGGAAGUGAGAGGAACACGGGAGGAUUUUAUUACCGUCGGCGCACAGUGUCUACAUAUUCUGGGUUUCGCUAUGUUUAAGGCUCAUCAUCAUCGGAUUUGCUGGUUUUCCAUCCCGGUGUGAACGCCGCAGCAUGGGUACAGUGUUGCAGAAUGUGGCACAGACCUUGUUUUUGUCUUUGUCGCUGUUGGAUUGUCACGUUUUCGAAUCGUCGCGCACUUUUCCAGCCGACUCCCAGAAUCCUCCCUGUACAGUGAUCUGCCCUUUGCCUUUUCUGUCCUAUUUAAAUGCAGGAGAUUUGAAGGAAGAAGUUUAUCGGGGCAUUAGCGGAUUUUCACACACUUUCACACCAGUAUGAACAUUUUUUGACCGGAAUAUUGUAACAGGUUUGUAUUUGAUACAAGAUUGGGUUUGUUUCUGUUUGUGUCCCCUCUCCUCGAGCUCUCCUUCUCUUUCUGUAACCGUUUUUGUCAGAUUAAAUAAAGUCAUAUGUCCUUAUAGACGCGUUGGACCUCGCCACCACGAUGAAUGAAACUCCAAACCCUCCCCCUCUCUGUCCCGUCUGUGUUACUGUAACCAUUAUGUUUAAUACUGUAAAUAUGUAUUUGAAAAUGCUAAAUCUAUUUUUAUAAUUUGUUUGAAGAAACAACGUGUUGAAUAUAAUAUCUUGCUCACUGUGUAAAGGGUUUCACUUGGUUGAAUUUAGCUGAGGAACACUGGUGUUUGGAAUAUGAAACUGAAAAGUCUUUUUUGUUCUAGUUUCUUUGUUAGUUUUUGAUAAUUUUUACUUGUUAGAAGAAAAUCCGAUGGCUGUUGCAAUAUUGAAAUGUGUUAUUAAAAAAACCUCCAAAACAA